GGCUGCGGGAGCGGGCGGGAGCUCGGAGCGGACGCCCCCUGGCCCGCCGGCCGCCCGGCGCCUUUGCCUCCCGCGUGGAGAGGCAGGGAGGGAGGCCCGGCACAGCUGCCAAGGGGCCAAGGGAUGAGCCGGGGCCCUCCUUCCCAAUGGCAUCUCCCCCUGGCCUGGAACUGAAGACACUGAGCAAUGGUCCCCAGGUCCCAAGGAGACCAGCUCCUCUGCCCAGGGAGGGCGUGGAGAAUGCCUGCUUUUCCUCGGAGGAGCACGAGACCUGUUUCCAGGAUCCUGGGGACGCCAGACUGGGCAGCUCCCCUAGCCCCCCAGGAGGCAUCCCCUCCCAGCCCCGGUCCCAGCGGGAUGAUCUGUCCCUGCGUUCAGAAGAGGGGCCCGGCCUGGAGCCCGUGAGCCGCCCCGUGGAUUAUGGCUUCAUCUCUGCGCUGGUUUUCCUGGUGAGUGGGAUCCUCCUGGUAGUGACAGCCUACGCCAUCCCCCGCGAGGCCCGCGUCAACCCGGACUCAGUGACGGCGCGGGAGAUGGAACGACUAGAGAUGUACUACGCCCAGCUGGGCUCGCACCUGGACAAGUGCAUCAUUGCGGGCCUGGGGCUGCUCACGGUGGGAGGCAUGCUGCUGUCGGUGCUGCUUCUUGUCUCGCUGUGCAAGGGCGAGCUGUACCGCCGGCGGACCUUUGUCCCUGGCCGGGGCCCCAGGAAGACCUAUGGCUCCAUAAACCUGCGCAUGAGACAGCUCAAUGGGGACGGGGGCCAGGCCCUGGUGGAGAAUGAAGUUGUCCAGGUCUCAGAGAGCAGCCACACCCUCCAGGGGUCUUAAGUAAGAGCCCACCUUCUCUGGCUGCUUUUGCUUCAGGGCUGCAAAGCCCAGAAGGCCCAGAGUUUCAAACUGAGCUGCACAGAGGGUCCUGCGGAAGGGUCUUGGGGCUGGAAGUGGGGGAGCCCUGGGCCUGGCCCAGGCCCCACUCUGGUGAGCGGCUUGCUGAUCUGUUUUGUUGCUUGAGGUUUCACAUAAGGUUUUGUUUGGAGGAUGGCUUGUGCUGCUAAAAAUACAAAAGUUUGGAAACUGCUGCUCUUGGAGGAUGAGGUUUCUUAGCAUUUGGGAUUGGCAGCCCUUUGAAAGGCUGCCCAUCCCAUUUGUAGUGCCUCGGGGAAUUCCAUUGUCCUCAUCUGUCAAGUGUGGGUGUUAGUUGACCUUGGAGGGGGCCCUUUUCAACCCUGACUAAGGUGGGAGGUGGCUUCAUGAUUGGGGUGACCCCCUGACACCCCCUCUGACUUAACUGUGACUCACCUCUGGGCCUCAGUUGUCCUAUUUGUCAAGUGAAGGGGUAGACUGGCUGACCCCUUGGGCCCCCCCAGUUCGGCCCAGGGAAUGGGAACCCAGUCUCUGCCUCUGGCCACCGCUUCAGGGGAGGAGGGUGUCUGGCAGGUGCUGACCAUUUUCUGGCCUGACUCCCCCGCCGCAUCAGCCAGCAGCUGCCCUGACCUCUCAUUGUCAUACAAAAGGGCCCCCUGACACCCCUGACUCCAAAGUCCACCACAGUCUGACUUUUGGUCUUGGGGUCUAAUUUCCUACAGUGAUUAAACCUUAGCACACAUUUUACAAAGUCAAGUACACAGAUUUCACCAAGUGUCUGGACAAGAGGGGGUCUCUAUACAAGAAAAGGUGAGGGCUUUGUUUUGGAUUUCUGUGGAUGUGACCUGGGCCUUCAUCAUGUCUUUCUCCCCCAUAGUAUGUCUGUUGGACCGAACCUUAUUCUUGUAGCAGAAAAAAAUUUAAUGCU